AUGACUUGCAGAUGUAUCUUGCUGGUGGCCCUCGUGGCCUCAGCCUCCGCAGCCUCUGUCUUCCAGCGGCCCAUCAACAGCGACUGUGUGAGGGUUUCGACCGCGUCCACGGAUGCCUCCCUCUUCCCCAAUGAGUUUCAGAUUUCUGGGACCGCAGUGGUGAACAGCGACGAUUACACCGAGGUGGAGACUUCUACCGGGUUCACCGUGACGUACUACGAUAAUUACAAGGUGCUGAACAACACCCUGGCCGGGGAGGCAUACACCCUCACCCAGUGCGGCGUGAGCGUGGCCGCCAAUGAGCUCCCCUCCGACGCCCGCCCCUUCUCCAUCCCCCUGAUCAGUCUGUCCCUCCCUGAGACGGUGCCCUACGCCUUCCUGGAGCUGCUGGGCGUGACCGACCGCGUAUACGACGUCUCCGAGUACGUGGUGGCGCCCUGCGGCCAGCGGCUGGUGCAGUCCUGCAACCGUGUGGCGCCCGACUCCCUCAGCCUGAACAAUGCCACGCUGCUGAGCUCCACCAUCGGCGCCUACACAGACGGCCUGGUCACAUCCUCCAACUCCGCCUGGCCCACACAGUUCACCUUCUCGGCCACGGAGGAUCCGGGUCUCCUGCAGAGGGCUGAGUGGAUCAAGUUCCUUGGCGUCUUCUUCAACCUGGAUGCCUACUCCUCCAACCUCUUCACCGCCAUCAAGAACGAGUUUGAGCAGACCAAGGCCGCGGCACUGGCCCAGGAGGGACCCAAGCCUGUGGUGGCCUGGAUCAACCACUUCAUGUACGGCACCCAAGAGUGGUACCAGCUGUCCUUUGCGGCCUACAAGACCGAGCUGGUGGAGGCCGCGGGCGUCCAGCCCACCGAGUUCUCCCCUUCCGACCUGGCCUUUGCCUGGGGCACCAACGAGACCUUUGCCAACCAGACCCUCGCCCUGGAGGCCUUCCUGUCAGUCCUGGCCGAGGUCGACAUCGUGAUCGACGAGACCUUUGUUGCCGACCCCUCCACCUACCACCUGGGCGAGUUCCUGAUGCAGUUCUCCAGCGAGGGCGUCUUCCCUACCGCCGAGGACGUCUGGUUCUCUGCCGGAAAGAUCCUGCGCACGGACGGCCUGAUCUCCGCCGCCGCCGGCCUGGACUGGUACGAGGGCGCCAUCCCCCGCCCCGGCAAGGUCCUGCUGGACCUUGUGGCAACCACCCGCCCCGAGGCCCUCACCGUGAGCGGCAUCGUGCGAGGGAGGGGUGCAACGCACACCCCCAUCUGGCUGCGCAACAUCAAGGACGACCCCGUCGUGGUGACCGCCGCCGACUGCACCACCGCCGCUAACGGCUGCAGUGCCAGCCCCUCCACCAUCUGCCCCUUCAUCUCUUUCUGCGGCAACGGGUCGCCCGUCCUCCUGGAGACCAACCUGACGACGGGGGCGCUGCCCACGGGGGGCAAGUGCACUUACGCCGCCUGCCCCGCCGCAUGA